AUGGCGGAGGCGGGAAAAGAGCACGCAGGUCUCGGGUUACCAGUAGGAGACGCGGCACAGUGGCCUUUGCAGCGGUAUGGCCGCUUCAUGCCCUCAGGCACUGGGGAGCUGCCUGGGCCUGGCCAGGAAGCUGGGAUGGCUUCUUCCCCGAACUGGAAGGUUUUUGACUCCAGUGAAGAAUCUGGGCGUCUUGUUCUCACCAUAGUUAUAUCGGGGCAUUUCUUCAUUUCCCAAGGACAGACACUGUUGGAGGGGUUUUCACUCAUCGGUAGCAAGAACUGGUUGAAGAUUGUAAGACGCAUGGAUUGUCUGUUGUUUGGAACAACAAUAAAGAACAAGAGUCGUAUGUUCCGGGUACAGUUUAGUGGAAGCUCCAGAGAACAGGCACUGGAACACUGCUACAGCUGCGUGCAGAACUUAGCCCAGUACAUCACCGUCCAGGUGCCCGAUGGAAUCAGCCAGUUCAGGCCAAGCCCUGGCCAAGGGAAGGGCUGUGUGCAGAGCAUCCUGCCACAGUAUGGCAACUCAGAGCAGCAGCAGUGGGUGCCAGCUGGCACAAGCAGUCCAGGAGGAAGGACCUCAGUGGCCUGGUUAGCUCAGUCUCUCAUGGCAUCAGAGGAGCUGCCACUUGUCUAUGAACAAUCUGCAUGGAAUGCGGAAGGGCUAGGCCCCUUUCUACGCUUGUGCCUCAUGGAUCAGAACUUCCCGGCAUUUGUGGAAGAAGUGGAAAAGGAACUAAAAAAGCUGACAGGGCUGAGUGGUUAA